AUGUCUUCGUAUAGCCCUGGAGACAGAGGGUACCGCGGAGCUCCGUCGUAUAAUGUGCCAGCUCGCCACAACGACCGCGACGGACGCAUGUAUGACGACCGACGCUCCCGCUCCUGCUCCCGCUCCCGCUCUCCCCCACAUUCCAUCCCGCGAUCUCGGGACUAUAGAUACGGCUCGCCAGGCGGUCCAGUCUCUCCUCCGCAUGGAGAUAUCACGGCGGCGAUGGCGACAUUCCGAUUGCUAGGGACUACCGAUCUAGAGAGCAAAACGAGUAUCGACGUCCGUCCCGGUCGCCCCCGCGGCGGCGCGGAAAGGUCAUCUUACAGGGACCGUGACCGGGAGGGAUAUCGCUCUCCCGGCUAUGACAGUCGCAGCAGAAGUUAUAGCAGAAGCCGAAGUCGAUCUAGAAGCCGCAGCCAACGUGGCACUCGACGUCAUUACUACGGCCAGGAGAGCCGUGAGAUCAUGAUGGAAGGCUUGCCAGUUGACAUGAAUGAAGACGACAUCUUGAAUGAACUCACCCAAUAUUACCAUGUCGAGGCGUUGGAGGAUGUCCGCGUCAUCCGCGACCGCCAAACAAAGAUAUCCCGAAAGUUGGGGUUUAUUCGGUUCCAUACAAUUGACGAUUCUCGUGAAUUCCUGGAACGCAAUUUUCCUUCCAUAUAUCUCUAUGGGAAUAGCGGCUCGCAUACUGAUGACCGUGGCAUGAGGGUUAGAAUAGCUUAUAGUCGAGAAAGAGAGGACCGUAAUCGAAUUAAAGCUGAGGGAGAGUGGACUUGCAAGAUCUGUGCCAUCGUCAACUACGCAAAAAGACAGAAAUGCUUUCGAUGCCAGACAGUUCGAACUGAUUUUGUUCAACUUCCCCCCGGAGUAGCGAAUCCUCCACGCGUUGCGAAUCAUGGUGACAACGACGUAGCUACCGACGGAACCCCGUCUCAAUUUGUUCUCCUCCGUGGUCUGGAAGCCUCAGUCACAGAAGAACUUCUCGCGAAAGGAGUAGCUAAACUCUAUAAACCCUUGUCUGGUUCAGAAGGACAAGGUGGACCACCCGCAGCUAAAAAGGGCGCAAAAGUUGCCUCGACGACCGGUGACUCCAAUCUGGGAGCACGAGAAGGCUCAAUACGACGGGUAUUACUCAUAAGAGAUCGUCGAAGUAACGAAAGUUGGAAAUACGGAUUUGCGGAAUUUGCAACUGUGGCAGAUGCCCAAGCUGCACUAACUCGAUAUAACUCCUUUGAAACGUUUACAAUUUCCUCAAAGCCGGUCCUAGCAAGUUAUAUCCAUGCUGGCGUCUUCGUUCCAGUCAUCAAUCCUACCGCUAGCACGGAAAGAUUCACCUUUAGCCCACUUGGAAACCCUUCCAUGAAGCUAGCAUACUGGGAUGAGAAUGCUUAUGCUACAGAGUUGAUGGUAUCAAUGGAAGAUCCGGACAAGAAAUGUUCCAAGCCUCGAGUGACGGCAUCUGCGACAACAGACAAGCAUCCAAAAGCCGGAAAGGAGACCGAAAAGCCAAAGAAGAGAAAAGCCGAUGCUGGAGCAGCACCUGGCAUAAAAAAGCUUGCUGUGCCAACGCACCUACAAUUCUGGAGUAACCGUCACGCUGAACUGCACGGCAUCCAAAGAGAUGAAUCCAAAGACAAGAGUUCAGGCGGUGACAACCAGCAGGGUAGCAAUGAAAAAGGAGGAUCAUCUUCUACAUCUCCAGUUCCAACCCAAUCGUACGCAGAUCUCAAUCGCAAAUGCUGCUAUCUCUGUAUGCGACAGUUUAAAACAGAGGCAGAAGUAAAUAAACACGAGCGACUCAGUCAACUUCACCGUGAUAACCUACAAAAUGAGGAGCUCAAGGCGAAAGCGAUGGCGAAAUUGGCGAAAAAACGGGAUGAUCCUCAACAACCAUCAACAGAAUACCGUGACCGUGCUAAGGAGCGACGUCAGGCCUUCGGCCCAUCGGUUAAAUCCAAGGAGAAGAAAUUUGAAAAGGAAAUUGAGGAAGCUCCCGCUGUCUCUGCCAUGUCUAAAGGGGCAGCACUGCUUGGGAAAAUGGGCUGGUCUGCAGGCUCGGGACUUGGGGCGGAGGGGUCUGGGAUGACCGCUCCCAUUGCCACUGAUCUAUAUGUCCAAGGCGUUGGGUUAGGCGCGCAAGGAGGGAAAGUUGGAGAUGCAGUUCAGGAAGCUGGGAGGAAUACGAGGGGCAGGUAUGAUGACUUUCUGGAGAAGACGAAGGAGACUGCACGCGAGCGAUAUGAGCGGAUGUCCAGGGAGGGGUAG